CCAUUGGGGUGCGCUGGGAACGCCUGGCCGGCGAGGCUUGGCCCGGGAAGUUCUGUAUAAAUUGCUGGGGCUGUGGGCACCGUGAUGCUGCAUAUCUGGCGCUGCGUGGGUGUUGGGGGAGGUCUUGCUACCUUGGUCCGUGAGGCUGACCGUGGAGAGGGACACCCUUUCCGUCUUCGCGACCUUCUCUUGGCACCUGCAGCUGCCUUGGUCCUCCAAGAGAGCCAGGUGAUACUUAACUGCCAUCUGUGUUGUGAACACUGUUUUCAUAAUGGAGUUUCCUGAUUUGGGGAAGCAUUGUUCAGAAAAAACUUGCAAGCAACUAGAUUUUCUUCCACUAAAAUGUGAUGCAUGUGAACAAGAUUUCUGUAAAGAUCACUUUACUUAUGCUGGCCAUAAGUGUCCCUUUGCAUUCAAAAAGGAUGUCCAGGUCCCCGUAUGUCCACUUUGUAAUGUCCCCAUCCCCAUAAAAAAGGGAGAGAUACCAGAUGUGGUGGUUGGUGAGCACAUGGACAGAGAUUGCACAAAUCAUCCUGGGAAGAAGAAGGAGAAGGUCUUCACAUACCGGUGCUCCAAAGACGGAUGCAGGAAGAAGGAGAUGCUGCAGCUGGCUUGUGUGCAGUGUCGUGACAACUUCUGCAUUCAGCACAGACACCCUCUGGACCACAGCUGCAGGGCUGGGACCUAUGCUGCCAGUAGCGCCGGGUGUCAGGCCGCAAGAGCCUCUGAGUCUAAGCCAUCAGGAGCUCUAAAUGCCCUGUCUUCCAGUUGGCUGGCCCAGCGACUCGGAUGGAAAGUGAAGCGAUGAGGGAACUCUGUUCACCUGACAUAUCAGCUUGUUUCUGCACCGUUCCAGCCUCGCAGGUGACUGAUGCUCUAGUGCUUUCUUUUCCUUGGGGACAGUAAAACUUUUCAAUGAUACAUACAAAUUUGAGGAGGAUAUUCAGUAAUACUCUAAGAUGCGUUAUGUUACCAUAAUGAUGAAAUAAGUGGCUUCAAGAGCAGAGGAUCCAAGUGAGCCAGAUCAGCAAUAACUCUGCCCUGGACUUGGCUGGUCUAGAACCCAGUCUUCUGUAAGACUCUGUCCCUUAAACCCAGACAGCUGUCCAUAGCUCUGGACCUUCCUCAUACAGCAUCUGUGUUGAGUUAGCCAUCUGAGCCCAAGGAAAGGAGGAACCUCUCUUGCCUUACUCAACUCCAUGUCUAGGGUGGCCCUCAGUCCGCUCAAGGUCCCUGAGAGAAUGUGAGUCAGUUGUGUCCUUUUCUGAUUCCACGGUGCUGGCACGCUCCUGGAGGUGUGUUUUAGAACUGCUGCAUGAUGUUUCUGCCAUAAAGCUUCUAGAACUGGCUCUGAGACAGCUCAGUUAUGUCUGGCUUUGGUUUCAACUCCAAGAAGAAAGUUGCAAGAUAGCAGCAGUUCAAGAUAAAGCCCUUGGGCCGGGGACAUAGCUCAGUAGCAUAAGCACUUGCCUGGCAAACUUGAGGUCAUGAGUUCAAUUCCUGGUACAAAAACAAAAAAACAAAAAAACAAGAUGAAGGCUUAUCUGGUGUUGAAAUGAUGGAAACUUCCAGAAGUAACUUAAAACCACAAAGCAGGCAGAAGGCAUGGGGCUGGUUUGAUGUUUUGGAAGAGCAGAAAACCCAAGAAACAGAGAGGGGCAAGGGGCAGACUGACGUAUGUAGCCCACAGUCUCAUGGUUUGGAUGGUGAUUGUGUUCCUGUCACCGAUCAUGGCUUGAUCAGCAAGGACCACAUUCUAGGGACCUUGAUGACGCAGACACAAGCAUUAUGUUCAGUGUGAAUGAAGUCCUUUGUUUCUCAGGCCCUUGGCAGUCAGAGCUGAGGUGAAGUAGUGCAUACCAGCUGGUCCUGAUCUUAACCCCACAGUCCAGCCACACUGUCCAGACUUCCCACUGAGACAGUUCAGUGUAUCUGGACUAAAAGUCCUAGCAAACUACCUUUUCUUCUAGUUUCAUAGUCUCUAGUUAUAAUGGGGGUGAGAGGCUCAGUUACAUUCCAUGCAAAGGUGGUUGAGACUUUCCAUGCUGUCUUGUUUAGUGGUACUUGAUCUAGGUUGGUGGUUUUCAGGCAUUAGCGUGCAUCAGACCAACACUGGGCUCUUCCUAGAGUGCUGGGCCCACCCCUGCAUUUCUGAUGUAGGUCUGUGUAGAUUCAAAUUUGCCUUUGGAACUACUCCCAGGUUGUGGUGCAGGUCUGGGGGCACACUUGGGCAGGCCACUGUUCUGUACAUCUGUCUAGCACAGCUGCCAUUAGCCAGUUAGUCAGUGCAUACUUGAAAUACGGUCAGAACAAUUAAAUCUUUAAUUAUACUUGUUUAAAAACUGCUUGGUUCAGCUGUUAGAAUACUUCUAAGUAUGUUAGGAACCUGUAUAUAUGAAUCUAUUUGUAACAGUUCAUUUUUGGUUUUGGUGCUGGGGCUGGAACCCAGCCUUGCAUAUACUAAGCACGUGCUCUACAACUGAGCUACAUCUCCAGCUCUAUAACUAAAUUUUGUGGAAUCUAAAUAUAGGUCAGGCAUUUCUGAUGAAAAUGUAAUGUCCAAAUUGAGAUGUAUCCAAGUUAAAAAUAAAAAACACACCAGAAUUUGUAGAUAAUACUAAAAAAGCAAAUAAGAUUGUUAAAAUAUUGUUUAUAUGUUGAAAUGAUACUAUUUUAGAUGCAAUGAAUUAAUAAAAUACAGAAAUUAA